AUGCGCGUCGAGAAGUUCCCAUUAUCCCCGCCAAGUCUUCAUGACCUGGCUGAGCAGCUUGGAGGUCCGCUGCGCGAGAACUAUGAGGAUGCAACCGUCAGUGUUGUCGACUGUCCGGACCUUCGACAGCCUCCAUUCCACCUGUGCACUGAAGGAUUGUGCGGUGAUGAGAAGAUUUCAGACGUCGGCGGACAGCCAAACCUCUUCCCGCAGCCCCGCCUCGACUCUACCUGGUCCAUGACUGAUCUCGCCCGGGCCAUGGAGAUGAGUGCGCACAGCGGAGGUCUCAUCGGCGCAGGAGCUGGUCCGUUUCAUGUGGUCGGCCAGAACUGCGAGCUGGCACCAAACUUGAGUUGGAAGGACAAAAUUGAGAAUAUCACCAACCAGUCACGCCUUGCGAGGAUUGUUCCAGAGACCAACGCCGUCUCCCUUGAAAAAAGCCCAUCUCCGGAUUGCGGCUUAAUGGUCAACCUCUACGGCUCACUGGGCCAACCGGGGCCGAUUUUGAAGAUCACGGCAAAAGGGCGCAAGGGAUCCGAGACGAGUUUCACCGAGUGCAUUCGUCAAGGUCUUGCUGCGGCAUUCGGCGUGGAAGAGACCAUUAGUCUGGGAGGUGUAUUCGUCGUCAAGUCUGGAAAGGCCUUGUAUCAUAUCAUGCCCGAAUUCCCAUCAGAGGAGCAAUUGCCAUUCAAGGAUCGACAGCAGGUUGAUGACUGGCUAACUUACCACGAUUUUGACUCGCCCAUGGUAUGCUUGUCUGUCUUUCACUCGGCAGACCCGAACAAUGCAAAGGCUCUACGCAUCGAGCAUACUCACUGCUUCUCGGCCGAUGGGACGAAUGCUGGAGGGCAUUACCAUCACGAAAGUACCGGAGCUGCUGACGCUAUCGAAUAUGAAGCUUAUUUUAACACGGCGAAGAUGAUUUAUCGGAUUGACCGGCCAGUGUCAUGA